GAUAAGAGUGAAUGGCAACACGGCAUGCAGCAGCUCUAACAGGAGAGGGGGUUUUAUUGGAUGAUUAGGUACGAUUUGCUACCUCCACUACAUAUUUCAUUCAUAUAUCCUGCCGCUUGGAAAGGAUGUGUCGCAGUAAAGUUUAUCCGGACUUUAAAAGCGCGCCGCUGGAAGUUUUCCCGCAUGUCACCGCACAGAAACACGUUGGAGGACCUGUUGUGACACAGAAUGGCAGAGAUACAGCGUUCCAUAGCUCGGAUGGUUUACUUUCUUCUCGGGUUUAAUCGCAAAAGUAGCGCAGAAAGUUUCCAGCUGUUGGGGACGCAGCAGGUGACCAGCAGGGCAUGAGGUUUGGACUGCAGCUCGAUCACAGGCUGGACUUGAAUGUGACGGAAGGCAAUGUGAAAUGGUCCCGACUUGUCCCCGAAGCUGGGAGGAUAUAACUUGAAAGGAGCAAGUAUUUAAAAUAAAAAAAAGAAGAAUCUCAGUCCACCAUGAGAGCGCUGACUUUACUGUGCGUAAUAGUCGGGCUGUGGGAGACGAGCCUGAGCAACAGAAACUGUCCGGACCUGAUCGUUGACAGCUGUCACUGCUCUGCGGAGAGGUCCAAGGAGCUGAGCAGGCAGCACGUCAGAGUCAAAGUUGUGUGUGAUGAUGUGGACCUGAUGGACACCCUGCAGCCCAGCUUCUUACCCAACAGAACUGUGUCCCUAAACCUGAGUAACAACAAGAUCUCCCUGCUGAGGAAUGGCUCCUUCUAUGGCUUGGCUGCCCUGGAAAAACUGGACCUGAAGAAUAAUUUGAUAAGUACAGUGGAGCCCGGGGCCUUCCGUGGUCUGCUGGCUCUGAGGAGACUGGACCUGUCCAACAACAGGAUUGGCUGUCUCUCGCCUGAAAUGUUUCUAGAUCUGGGCAGCCUCUCAAAAUUGAAUUUAUCUGGGAACAUCUUCUCCACUUUGACCGUGGGACUCUUCACACAUCUCGUGGCUCUCAGAGUGCUGCACUUCAGCACUGAGACAUUGUUCUGUGACUGUCAGCUGAAGUGGCUGCUCCUCUGGGCUCGAAGCAGCUCGGUGAGGAUUGGCAAUGACACGGUGUGCAUGUUCCCCACUCACCUUCACGGACUGGAGUUUCGCAAUCUACGUGAACAACAGCUCAAAUGUGAUGGACCUCUGGAGAUGCCCCUCUUCCAGCUCAUCCCCUCCCAGAGGCAGCUGGUUUUUCGUGGAGACCGCCUACCCCUGCAGUGCACCGCCUCCUACCUGGACCCCUCGGUGGAGCUGUGGUGGCGUCACAACGGCCACAUUGUGACCACGCAGGAGGACCGGGGUGUCUACGUGGAGGAAACCCUGCUUCACGACUGCUGCCUGCUCACCAGUGAGGUCAUCCUCUCCAACAUUGACGUGGGCAUCGCUGGCAUCUGGGAGUGCCUGGUGACCAGUUCCCGUGGCAACACUUCUCAGGAAAUGGAGAUAGUUGUUCUGGAGACGUCAGCGCCGUACUGCCCCACUGAGAGAGUCACUAACAACAAGGGGGACUUCAGGUGGCCAAAGACUUUAGCUGGCAUCCUUGCCUUCCUGCCCUGUGCUCCUGCCACCUUUGGCUCCGCCCCCCACCCCUCUGGCAGCGUUCCUCACCCCUCCGGCCAGAAGGAGAAGAAGGCGUGGCGGAGCUGCGACCGGGCUGGACGGUGGGCUGAAGAGGACUACACUCAGUGCCCAUAUGCCAGUGAACUGACACGCGUGCUGCAUGAGCUCACACAGAUAACUAUUAACACCACCAAUGCUCAGCCUUUGGGCCAGCAGUUAGUGGCGUUCACCAGCAGGGCGGCACACUUCACUGAUGUCAUGGAUGUCAUCUUUGUCACACACCUGGUGGAGAGACUGACGAGGCUGGUGGAGAAACGUAGAGAUCUCGGGGACUAUAUAUCAGACAUAGCCAGUAACAUGAUGCUAGUGGAGGAGCAUAUCCUGUGGAUGGCGCAGAAUGAGGCCAGAGCGUGCACUCGGAUCGUCCAGUGCGUGGAGCGUAUUGCUGACCUGGCGCUGACCGGAGACAAUCGGGUCAUUUCUAAGGUAUCUGCUAACAUAGCUCUGGAGGCCUUUCUGAUCCGCCCAUCUAACUUCCUCGGUCUGUCCUGUACGGCACUUCAACGCCCCCCAUCAUCUGCCACGUCACCCCUCCCUGACAGCCACUCCCACACUGACAAGGACAUGAGCAGAGAGCGUGAUGCCGUGGGGGACUCGUUGCUCAACUUCAAAUGCCACACUGUCAACAACAGCGGCUCACCGGCCAGUCAGCUCAGCAAGAACUCAGUGGCAGUCGCCUCAAUCCAUUUACCGCUGGCUGGUACGCCUAUCUCCUCCUCUGCGUUGCAAUCUGUUGAUAACUCCACUUGCAAGCUGCAGUUUAUUGUGUUUCGCAAUGGGAAACUCUUUCCUUGCACGGGGAAUUCGUCAAAUCUCGCAGACGAUGGGAAGCGUAGGAGCGUUUCAACACCAGUUGCUUUCACCAAAUUAGAUGGGUGCAGCCUCGGGAGCGCCGUGCACUCCGUUACUAUUGCUCUCAGGCACUUCGCACUGGGUGUAGAUCCCACCGCAGCCUAUUGGGAUUUUGACCUGCUGGAUGGACACGGUGGCUGGAGGGCAGAGGGCUGCCACAUAACAGGCUCCGGGGGCAACACGACCACUAUUCAUUGCACCCAUCAUAAUAACUUUGCUGUGCUAAUGGAUCUGAAGAAGGUGCUGUCUUUCCCCCCGUUCCCUGGGGAGUUUUUGCACCCGGUCGUGUAUGCCUGCACGGCGGUCAUGUUGCUCUGCCUCUUCGCCUCCAUCAUCACGUACAUAGUGCACCACAGCGCAAUCCGCAUCAGUCGGAAGGGAUGGCAUAUGCUUCUCAACUUCUGUUUCCACACGGCUCUGACCUUUGCUGUGUUUGCCGGCGGCAUCAAUCGAAUCAAAUACCCCAUCAUCUGUCAAGCAGUCGGGGUUGUGCUGCACUACUCGUCUCUGUCGACCAUGCUGUGGCUCGGGGUGACGGCCAGGAACAUUUACAAACAGGUGACCAAGAAGCCUCCGCAGAGCCAAGAUGGUGACCCGCCGCCGCCCCCUAAACAGCCCUUGUUGAGAUUUUAUUUAGUCAGUGGUGGAGUGCCCCUCAUCAUCUGUGGGGUCACGGCAGCUGUCAAUAUAGACAACUAUGGCAGCGGGGAGCAAGCGCCGUACUGCUGGAUGGCAUGGGAGCCCAGCCUGGGAGCCUUCUUUGGCCCUGUGGCCUUCAUCGUCCUGGUGACAUGCAUCUACUUCCUCUGCACCUUCAUCCAGCUGCGUCGACAUCCCGAAAAGAAGUAUGAGCUCAAGCAGCUGACGGAGGAGCAGCAGAGGCUGGCUGCCGUUGAUGUACCGACCCACUGCCACCAGGGAGCCGAGCCCGGAGCCCUGGCAGCCCCAACUGGUGGGGGCCACUGUCCUGCUGGCUGCCCAGGCGUUCCCAUCAACCCCGCGCUGCUGGCCAAUGAGCACUCCUUCAAGGCUCAGUUACGAACGGCGGCCUUUACUCUUUUCCUGUUCCUGGCCACGUGGACUUUUGGGGCGCUAGCCGUGUCCCAGGGCCACUUCCUGGAUAUGAUCUUCAGCUGCCUUUAUGGUGCCUUCUCUGUCACCCUUGGCCUCUUCAUCCUCAUCCAUCACUGUGCCAAGCGUGAUGAUGUCUGGCAUUGCUGGUGUUCCUGUUGUCCCGGACGACAAGCCAACGCCUGCUCUGGCGCCCAUGGGCCUGCUCAACCACGGCCCAAGGUCAACGUGAAUGGAGACACCCCCGGGCACGGCCAUGGUCACAGCCACUGCCACCAUGACUCACCAUGUCCAGGCAAAGCGCUGAUGAGCUGCAGUCAUGGAAGUAUAGGUCACUGUAAACAUGCCACCCUUCCCUCCUCGCAAAAUCACGUUACAUGUUUGGCACCGGUGACGCCGUGCUGCGCCGCCCUGCAUAGCCAGCAGCUGAUGGAAGAGGAGCCGGCAGCUACACAUGUGCUGCUACAUGCUGACCCAGAGGGUUACCGGCCAGGGAUCCAGUUGCACCCCUGCCUAAAGAGCAGCACCAGGACUAAAGGCCGUCACUUCAGCCGCCGGGGCGGGGCUGCUGCUUGUGGAGCAGGGGGUGAGAGGGAAUACGCCUAUCACAUCCCCUCCAGUGUUGAUGGGGGCAGCGUGCACAGCUCACACACUGACAGCCCCCACAGCACACAUGAGCGUCACGCCCACAUCUGUCCACAUCUGGCCCACGAAGGCCACCAUGAUGGGCAUCACACAUGCCACGCUGCUGCAGCCGCCACGCACGAGGCCCUGGCAUGCCAUAAUCCCUGCCACAGGCAUAUCUGCUGUGCCAAGGCAGACCUUUUCCCUUCCCUGUGCCCGGCAGAGGCCGGCGACACAGGCAUGUUCCUGUGCGGCUGCGGCAAAGUGGCCGAGCAGGACCCGAUGGCGACACAUCACCAUCUGGAGAUGCACGCCCCGCGCAGACAAUCCUACCCCCAGAACCCGCCCAAUCAGAAUGGGAUUCUAAAGGGGGGCCUGCACGAAGGACUCCUGUAUGCAUCGGACAGCACAGGGAAUAUACGCACUGGACCCUGGAAGAAUGAAACUACUGUGUAGUGUGGGAUACAGGGGAGAUGGGCAGCACCUCUGCCUCGUCCCGCCAAAAAUAAACCCUCGCCUCCCUUUCUAGAAUUAAAAAAAAAUGAAUUGAACAUUUUAAACAUCACAAUCAGCGUGGGAUAUUUUUAUUUUAAUGUCCUCAUGUUUUUAUGUGUGCUGUUUUACUGUACAGAAAUCUGAUAUCAUGUAAAUGCUCCCUGAAGAGCAUCCAUACACAGAACAGAAUCUCCUCCAUCCAGAAGAAUUUAUGAAACGUGUGUCACAUCAUGCCAUCAGAUGUAAUUGAAGGUAUUUCCACUGUUCCAUAUUACUACAGAUCUCUCUCUAUAUAUAUAUACAAGAAAAUGAAUGGUUGUAUGUAUGAAUAUGUGUGUGUUCGUGCUCAAAGGCAACACGCUGCAAGAUUUUUUUACACUUUGAAUCUGAAUCCAUCCAAUAGUCUACGAUGACAGUGAACCUCCAGUACUUUAAAGGACUCUUGGCAUCCAUGUUUUAGACGACUAAACCAGCAAUUUUAGACUUCAUGGGUAUUUUUGCCAUUCAGUCAAGCAACUGUGAACAUCUACUAGAGAUUUUCUAAAUAAUAUACAAGGAUACUGUCGCUUGCCAGAGAUGUGUGUGGAUGCCAGUUGAGUGGUGAAAAUUCAAAGCAACAGAAAAAAGAGACGUGAAAUUAAGCAUCCUCUUCCAGGUUGGUAUUGAUCGUGCUGUCUGUAUGAUGUCUUCACUGUUGUGUCCCUUUUUUUCUGGAGAGAAGUAAAUAACGGCAGCAUCAACAGCGACAGCGUGGCCGUUGUGAAUAGAGAGCUGGUGUCAGUGACUCAUUGGAUCCAGUGCAAUUUUUUAUUAACACUGUGCCACACAGAGCCAGGUCCUCACAGCGGGGUCAUUGCCAAACUAGCGUGCAGGUUUUUUCAUUCUCCAGCUCAGCUUGCACAUGCUAUCAGACAUUUUCAAAUCAGCAUACAGGUCUGUGGAAAAUCAAACACUCAAAAGGUUUUAGGAUAAAAAGAGUGUCAAUGUGAUCAGACAAGAAACAACAAGAUGCUUUGGGAAACCUGCCUGUCAUAUGUGUAGUGCUGCCGGAGUGCAUCAAACGACGCUUUACCACUUUUUUUUUCCUUAUAAGGUAAUAUAAUAUCUGCAGCACACAUCAUGCAGUUUAAAUUCAUAUACGUUAUUUUAAGCACUUGAGACAGUACGAACAAAUGGAAUGGUUAGAGUUGUCAUAUUGACAUUUCAGGUGUGUUGAUUCACAGUGUCAACUCAGGCACUGAGUAACAUGCAACACAACAUUCCACCUUAAGGUGCAGUGUGUAGGAUUUAGGAGGAUAUAUUGGCAGAACUAGAAUAUAAUAUACUGAGUAUGUUUUCUUUAGUGUAUACUCAACAUAAAAUAAGUGUGUUUUCGUUACAUUAGAAUGAGCUGUUUAUCGACAUAGGAUGCGGGUCCUUGUCCACAGAGAUUGCCAUGUUGCGUCAGUGAUGAGGUGAACAGUGUAGGAGAGACCUUGAUUUGUAAUGUGAAACUGCUUUAUUCAGUGUUUUCACAGGUUAUAAUCACUUGGUUUGUUUGUUUUUGGAGAGGAAAAACCUCUGUGGAUGAUUUAGCUCCUAGUAAAAACCUCCUGAACAAUGAACACUGAAGAAAGUCUAACCGGUAGACAUUUGAUCUGGUUGCAAUCUGCAAUCUUCACCACUAGAUGUCACUCAGUCCCCCUAAAUCUUACUCACUGGACCCUUAAAUGUUGCCAGUAGCUGCUGGCUGUAGCCUUUGAGUGGCACAGUGAAUUUAAUAAAUUUUUCUUAGUCUAUAGCUCGCUUACUGUUAACUGGUAAAGAUGAAAAGGCAACAAAACAUCCUUUACAUUUAUUUUAUAAUUUACAAUGAUAUAACAUGAGGUUAACAACAGUAAAACCAGGCCCAUGCCCACCUGGGGCUACCUAACAGUUGUCGAUGACUACAACAUAGGCCCAGUUCCAAAACAAAAUGCAUCUGAGAUGAGGGCCACACCUGUCCCCUAAAAAUCCAGUCUGGCUAAAUACUACCACCUACAGAGAUAAAGGAGCAUAAUAGGACUUAAAGGUCUAUGGUGUAGGAAUCAGUGCCAUCUAGUGGUGAGGUUACAGAAUUGAAACUUCUCCCAUGUGCAAAGCGUGUAGGAGUAUAUGAGUGACCGAUGCAAAAACGCAAAUGGCCCUGUCUAGAGUUAGUGUUUAGUUUGAUCAUUCUGGGCAACUGUAGAAACAACAUGGUGGACUCAGUGGAAAAGGACCUGCUCCAUUUGUAGAUUUAAACAGCUCAUUCUAAGGUAAACAGUAUUAUACACUAAUGAAAACAUAGUAAUGAAUGUUAUAUUCCAUCUCUGCCAAUAUAUAUCCCCUUAAAUCCUACACACUGACAAUUAAAAAAUGUAAUAUUUACAACACAAUGAAAGUAUUCAUAAAUCCAUCUAACAUUUGAUCGUGUGGCCAGUUAUAGUUGACUAAUGUAGGCCUCUGUAUACUUGCCACCAUUGGAACAGUGGUUAAAUAACCUUUGAAACAAACCACAGCUUAAUUGUACAUGUGCGUGCAUGCCGUCAUAGGUGCGCUCCGGUACUUAAAAAUAGCACUACACCCCUGCUGCCUGUGACCAAUGUCCUAUUAUUUUCCCUCAAUAAAAGCUAAUAAAACAUUUUAGCAAACCUCACCCACUAUUUGCUAAAGCCACAAAGUGACACAUGGCAGCAAUUGGUGCAAAUACUGUCCCUUUAAAUUUUAUUUACUUUUCAUUUGUCUCCUGAAAGCCCCAAAGCAUGCAUGCCUUGUUGUAUGUAGCUAUGCGCUAUAUUUCAGCCAUGUAAAUGAAUGCCCAUCCACGAGCAUAUGAUUUGCCUCGACUGCUGCAGCUUGUCGUGUAUCAUUUUUCUCACACCUUUAGAUUUAGUUCCCAACAAAUACUGUAUUAUUUCCCAGUGGUGACUAAGUUUAUCUGAGAAUCAAGUCCGGAAAAUUUGAAUGCUCUUGGUUUUGUGGUUCUGCUUUGGUAACUUGUGUCAAGAGAGGCCAGGGUUGAAGUAUGGAUUUUCCUUUUUUUUUUAUGUUACCAUGAAGGUCACAUUCUCUUUGAAGAAUUGCCACUCCAAAAGAGAAAGCAAAAGAGGCGCUGUAUUGAUUCAGAAGCACUUGUUUGUUUUAUGAAUGAUGAUAUUGAGUGUGAUACUCCCGGCAAAACCACUCAAACAUUUCGUCAGAAAAGCCAAACUUAAAAAAAAUAUAUAAGAAAAACGCACACCCAUGCAGCGCAUAUAAUCUCACAGCAAAACCCGCUCUCGCGAAACCACCUCGGCAUGCACACCGUCUCUUUAUCCAUCCUGUGCACUCUUGUCUGUGUAUAUAGAAUCAGUUUCUGAUGAAUUAUUUUAUAUGAGAUUUAAGAUAUUUAAGAAUAAAAUAAGUCUAUAUGUAAAGAAAGUUGUAUGGGGAAAAAAAAACCUGACCUCUCAAUGUUAAUACUCAGUAUCUGAGUUUACAAAUGUCCUUUUCGUUUUCUAAUGCCUUUUUUUCUGUUGCAAUUUGAGUUGACUUCAUAAAGUAUGCAGACUCGCCAUGUGUUGUGAGUUUAUCCUGUCAUAUCAGAAAUAGAAAUGCACUACCCAUAAUAACGUUUGGCCUGUCAGAAAAGAAUUUGUCACUUACAGAAUGUUUAUUAUAAAAAUGUUUGUUCAGACAGAACUAUUUGAAUUAAAAAAAAAAGUGACAAGAGAAAAGCGAAAUAUUUAUGUGAUACUCCCUUUAUUUAGAUGGCAGGCGCUGAGUAGUGGAAGGAGGCCCUAGUAGACAGCAAAGAUGAUGCAUGAACCUCAUAGCUUUGCACAGGGCCACAAGUUAUUUCCAGGGUCUGGGACAAAAUGGGAUAUUAUGGGCUCAACUUAUGAGUUAUAAAACAGUGGCCCACGAUUGAUCACACAGCGCGGGCUCCUUUGGGCCGCCUUAGAUGCUGGCAGUCAGUGGCCCUGGCUUUAUAGUUAUUGGAAAGGGAUUUGUAACAGUAUCACAACAAAACAUUUGAAAUCAGCCUCUCCCGCUAAACCCACAUUAAACUGAGAGAACAUUGGGCUAGGUUAAUUGCUGUACAACAUGUGUAUUUGCUGGUGGUGUGUCUUAGAAGCAGCCUGAGCUUUUCAGUGUCUGUGAGACAAUGUGUUUGGUAUCAUGGGCCACCGUAGGCCAACUUCUCUGUUGUCAUCAGUAGCAGAUGUACUGCCCUAAACAAGCUUGCUGACUUAGUUUCGGCUCACCGGACGGCUGCUGGAAUACUCACCUGUGGUACUGUGACAAAACCUAAAGCCAGUUUUCACUUUUUUCUACAUUGACACAGAUUCCAAUAAAUGUAUUUUUUCACCAUGCAA